AUGAAAUUGAGAAACCUUGAUGGGAUUAUUGAUUUUUUAAAGCAGGCAGAAAAAGAAUUGUUUGAUUCUACUCAAAAAAUCCAAAAACUUCAAAAAGAUCUAUCUACUACUCAAAAUCAAAAACAAAGAGAAUUUCUAUCAGAAUUUUCGGAUUUUCAAAAUGCUAAGGAUUUCCAAAGUGUAUACAACUUCCUUGAUUAUCUUUCAUCUGAUAGGAAUCAAAAAAUAAUUUCAAAAGCAUGUGAAGAAGAACUUUGUAAAAAGAUUGCAGCUAAUGCUUCAGACCAUGAAAAUGAAAAGAAUGUACUUCAUGUUGCAAGUGAAACAGGAAAUCUCAAACUUGUAAAAUUUCUCAUUAAUUGUGGAUGUGAUAAAGAAGAAAAAGAUAAAGAGAGAUGGACUCCAUUCAUUUAUGCAUCAUCUAAUGGUCAUCUCGAAGUUGUUAAAUAUCUUAUCUCUGUUGGAGCUAAUAAAGAUGCAAAGGAUAAAUAUGGGCGUACCCCACUCAUUUAUGCAUCAACUAAUGGUCAUCUCGAAGUAGUAAAAUAUCUUAUCUCAGUUGGAGCAAAUAAAGAAGCAAAGGAUAAUGAUGGGCGUACUCCACUUAUUUAUGCAUCAUCUAAUGGUCAUCUUGAAGUUGUUAAAAAUCUUAUCUCUAUUGGAGCUGAUAAGGAAGUAAAAAGUAAUUAUGGAUGGACUCCACUCACUUAUGCAUCAUUUAAUGAUCAUUUAAAUGUUGUUAAAUAUCUUAUCUCUGUUGGAGCUGAUAAAGAAACAAAAGAUAAUGAUGGACGGAAAGCACUGAAUUAUGCAAAAGGCACAGUAGAAAAUUAUCUAAAAUCAUAA